AGUUCUCCCUCUAGUCUUUACCCGCGCCGCUUUGCAGUUUGCAGCACGAAAAAGGCAGGGUCCAGGAAAGGGAAGCUUUCAAGUAGGUACAUACGGAACACGCGUUUGACAGCUAUUUACUCCAGUGAUCAGUAAAUAGCAAUCAUUCGGUAUAGUACGAGAUUUUGAGGUUGUGUUGCUCAUAAUAAGAAAUCGUGUGUGUUUACUUUACCGAAAUAAUUUAUCUCUCAUUUCUUAUAAGUCAUUAUAAAAAAAGUAAUGGCUGUGGUAAUUGAAACAACAAUUGGUGAUUUUACCAUUGACCUUUAUACAGAAGAAAGACCACAAACAUGUCUGAAUUUCCUCAAGCUGUGCAAAAUAAAAUAUUACAACUGGAAUUUAUUUUUAACGGUGCAAAGUAAUUUCAUCGCUCAAACUGGUGAUCCUACUGCUUCUGGAAAAGGUGGAGAAAGUAUUUAUGGUGUGAUUUUGGGAGACAAAGCCAGAUAUUACGAAGCAGAAAAAAUUCCUAAAAUCAAACAUGAUAGAGUUGGCUUAGUUUCUAUGGUUAAUUGUGGUGAUAACAUGCUUGGCUCGCAGUUUUUUAUUACGCUUGCACCUGACCUCCAAUCUCUUGAUGGAGAACAUUGUGUGUUUGGUGAAAUUGUUGAAGGCCUAGACAUAAUUUUGAAAUUUAAUGAAACUAUUAGUGAUGACCAACACAGGCCUUACCAGGAUAUAAGAAUAUCCCACACUUGUAUUUUAGAAGACCCUUUUGAUGAUCCCAAAGGGCUUGAAAUACCAGAUCAAAGUCCUCCACCCACCAAGGAGUUUUUAGAAAGUGAUCGCAUAGCAGCAGAUGAAGAAAUUGACGACACUGAAGGAAUGAGUCUUGAAGAAAUAGAGGAAAUGCGCAAGGAAAAAGAAGCUAAGGCCAGAGCAACUAUAUUAGAAAUUGUUGGAGAUAUUCCUGAUGCUGAUAUAGCUCCUCCAGAAAAUGUCCUUUUUGUAUGCAAACUGAAUCCAGUUACUAAUGACGAUGAUCUUGAAAUUAUUUUUAGCAGAUUUGGAAAAAUUGUUGGAUGUGAAGUUAUUAGAGACAGACAAACUGGAGAUUCAUUACAGUAUGCUUUUAUUGAGUUUGCUGACCGUAAAAGUUGUGAAGCUGCAUAUUUCAAAAUGGACAAUGUUUUAAUAGAUGAUCGGCGUAUUCAUGUUGACUUUUCUCAAUCUGUUUCUAAAAUGCGUUGGCAUGGAAAGGGAAAAGGAAUAAGAUAUUUCAAUGAUAAUGAACAAGAAAAAAAUAAAGCUAACCGAAACCCUCAGCGUAGCAGUCAUAAAAAAGAUCAUAUACGUAAUCGUUCAAGGAGUCCACGAAAAAAUGAGACUUCUAAGGAUCAGUACUAUGCAAACAAUUAUCACAAAAAAAGUCGAAGAGAUAGGAGUAGAAGUGGUGACAGAAGAAAUAAAAGUUACUCAAGUAGGGAUCGAAUGGAAAGUAGAUAUCAUACCACCCGAAAUGAUUAUGAUAAAAAUGAAAAAAGAUAUACUGAAAAAAAAGAACGUAGUAGAAGUCCAGAUCGUAAACGUUCUAGCAGAAAGAUGAGAGAAGUUGAUAAUAAGCACAAAUAUAAGCAUAGAUAAUAUUUUUGAAAUUUAAUUAACAUUGAUUAAUUUUAAUUUUUUAAUUGUUGUAAAUAUCAAGUUGAGAGCUUUUAGAUGAUGCUCCCAUGUCAGUUUCUGUUUGUAACAUAAGCAUCAUGUAUGUGGUCGGUUUCAAACGGUUUUUUCUCAAUUCUUUUAAUCGAUUUCUUAACUGUAAUACUACAAUAGAAAAUUCAUUCUUUAAAAUUGAAUACAUUUUUUUAAGUAAGUUCACCAUUUUAAUAAAUCAGGCCUCCUACCAAAUAGUGCGGGAUAAUAAAUUAUGAUCUUAAAAUACUCCGAGUGACCCAAAUUUGUGACCAAUUUAAGCUUGAAAUGCUCUUCAUCAAAUCACACAUUGUACAAUUGAAAAAAUUAUUCAAAUUAUGAGUUAGCAACUUUAAAUUUAACGUACGUAACUUUAAAUUUUACGUAUGUAUGUACAAAUAAGUAAGAAAAAAGCUUCAGGAUACAUGAUUAGCGCCAGAGUUGAACCCAAAUCUGAUGAAUGGGUACACUGGUACUUGCUGAUCUCGUUGUCUAGGUAUACUACCUAAAUACAAUUGUACUGAAGUAUUAUGAAAAAUUUUAUGAAUAAUUUUUUGUACAUAUUCAUUCAAAUCAAACAGAAAAAAAAUAUUAAAAUGAAUCUAUUACAAAAAACUGUCUUAUGGAAUAAUUGAAAGAGUGAAAGUAACCGAUGCCACAAAGAUAUUUACAGUUUUUAUAUGGUAAUUAAAUCAUUUAAUUCCAUUGAAUUGAAAGAGAAGAAUUAAAAAAAUAAAAGUACUGCUACA